GAAUCGGUAAGGCAACAGAACAAAAUUAUUAUUUGGAUUUCAAUUUGUUUUUCAGGACCAAAAUUUUUUCUAGAAGCUCAAGUUUCAGUAUGAAUCGCGGCAGUGACCACCAACUGACUGAGAACUGUCGCUGUCCCGAAAGCGAGUACAGCCAUCUCGGAGGUAUCGGCAUCGCCGGCAACGUGGGUACGGAUGGCCCGACUGCAACGGAAUCUACGGUAGUCCCCGUUCAGCUGGGAAGCGAAUCCGCGAUGCCAGCGAAAUACGUUAAUUUAGGAAGCGCACAUAGCUUGGGCUACCUUAGUCCGGGUCUUAGCCAGGAGGCUUACCCCACCAUGGAUCAGCGAAAGGACGAGCUUGAAUCAAACAUUUGCAGCCGUGCUCCAUCUUCCUCGUCCCCCCCGUGUUCUUCUGAAAAACCCAGCUAUAGUGUGUUCAGGCUGCAGCUCCGGAGCCCUCAGUACCCGAACUCCGAGAGAAUAAUUUCCGGUGAAGAGGGCCUGCAGAUGGAGGGCUCCAGAACGCGGCUAAGGAAUAUGCGCCAGGCAGUCACCAGUCCCCGACGAGCUGAGACCCCCCGGGUGGUCACUGAGCCGCGCCGCUCAACCCGUUUCUCCGAACAAUGGACCUUGGAGCUCGAGCCCAGUACCAGUAUUAAUCACCAGGCCGACCAGAGCGGCCUCUCCCAGACAGAUGCGGGAGCCGACAAUUAUGAUUCUGUAGCAUCGUUGCCCUCAGCGGAGCGGGAGAUGUCGCUGGUAUCUGGUACAGAAACUGGAACCAGCUCUUUUUGGGAUGUACAUGAGCCGCAUGGCUCCAGGAACCACAAUAGAAUCGCGGGCGCUGGCGAGAGAGCGAGUAGUUUUGAAAUGGCCUGCGACGUCAGGACUCAUGAUAAGGGGGCCAGGACCUAUGAGGAGUGGCUAACGUUGAAAAGAAAAGAGGCUUACCAGCAACAACGUCUCCAACGACGUGAGGCUCAUCGCUUGACAGUGGCCGUGAGAGUUCGCAAGCAGAUGUCCGACCAGUGUUACUCAGACUGGCUGGCGUCUAAGCAGCAGCGUCAUCUGGGUGCUCGAAUUCCCGGCAUCAAAUCUGCAUUCGGGAGCGACGACUCAGGUGCGGGCGUUCCUUCCAAGCCUAUGACCUCGAUCAAGACGCCUACAUCGGCGCACAUGCCAUUCAUCCAAGUAAAGAGCGCUCCUCGAGGCAGCACGUUGGCGGGAGGGUCCGGGCGCAAGCCGUCCCGUACGCCGGAAGAAGUGCAGCGACGGGUGGAGCAGUGGGAUCUCAAGAAGAUGAGGGAACAAGAGCGACAGAGGUCGGUCAAGCAGCGUGAGGAAGCCGAGCUCCAAGAAAUCGCUGCAGAGCGCGGUCGUCAGUCAAAGCUGGCUUGGCAGCGUUGGGUGGCGCGUGCGGCGGAUAAACGGCGGCCCGUGCCACUCAACCGCGGCCUUGAGUUGCUGGCUGGAAGCACCGCACCAAUUUAUGUGGUUUCGAAACAUGGACGGCCGCCUGUUGUGCCGCUGUCUGCUGCUCAACGUGCUCUGCGGCAGCGUCUGGACGAAAUAGAUGGGGUGCGGAUGUAUCGUAGGCCAAAGUAG